AUGUCAUUCCUGCAAAUCACUCGUGCUCCUAAGAAGGCUCAGGCUCCUCCUCCAUCUUCCAAGCCCGCCAAAUCCGGUGGUGGCAAGCAGAAGAAGAAGAAGUGGAGCAAGGGAAAGCAAAAGGAGAAGGUCAACAAUAUGGUUUUGUUCGAUAAGGGUACUUACGACAAGCUUAUCACUGAAGCACCCAAGUAUAAGCUUAUCACCCCUUCCGUCCUCUCCGACCGUUUGAGGAUAAGUGGAUCCCUUGCCAGGAAGGCAAUUAGGGAAUUGAUGGCUAAAGGGUUGAUCAGGAUGGUGUCAGCUCAUGCUAGCCAGCAGAUUUACACCAGGGCUACCAACACCUAAGCCUUGAGAUUUAGACUUUGUUGUUUAAUUAGCUUCAGUUUGUUUGAAACAUUUUGUCAAGACAUAAUUUGUGUUAUGAGUUGAAGAUUUUUGAC